AUGACAUCGAAUCAGCCACAACAUUCCGACAAUCCCUCUGUGAAGAAGGGUUAUGUUGAGCCAUCACCUUUAACACCGCUCGCCCUGCUGGCCCCCCAGGAUGCGGCAAGUUCAACAACAGAACCAUCCCAAACACUCAAACUCGACGCUCUCGGUCCGGUUGUCAUUAAUUCAGAUGGUACUCUCUCGCGAAUCGACAAUUGGGCCCAGAUGACCGAGAUGGAGAGAGAACGGACACUGCGCAUCUUGGGCAAACGCAAUCAACUCCGAAGGGAAAAUAUCCUGGCUACUGAGGGCGAGAAUAUCAACACGGAAUCCGGAAAGCAAUGA